UAAAGACAAGAAGCCGUCAAUGAUUUAACAAAAGGAUCGUAAAUAAUUCACCGCAGAACUUUUCAUCACGUUCGUGUUUCUGAAGAUGGAAUCAAACAGAAGAGGUCAGAGUGGGAUUAACUGUUCUGUCGGGAAACAGAAGUCAGCGUGAAACGGCUUCAACCGGAGCCUGCAGACGACAUGGCAAAGAUCGGCUGUGAGAAGUCCUUCUGCAGCAGACAGCGUCUGUCCUCCAGCCGGCCCGAUGACGAGCUCGCCGUCAUCGAGAACGGGGACAGCAGGGCUCCGUCUCUCUGUGAAGACAACUCGGAGACGGCGUUGUCCUCAGACUCCCUCUCAGGAGCCGGGGCCACGGCCAGGCUCUCUUACUUCUUCUUCAUGCUGUGGACCUGGGCGUCUCACAGAGCGAACCCCCAAACAGAGCGGCACGACUCUUUCCUCGAGCGCUUCAGAGGCCCCGAGCUCCAAGACCUCUCCAGUCGAGAGAGCAAUGUCCAGUCUGUGGGCCCCAACGACACGACCCGUAAGGGGAAUCUUGCCAGUAAGUGGCCGCUAGCUACUUACAACAUGAAUAACUGCAACAACACGGACGACAAAAAAGAGGAGAUUAAAAAAGAAGAGAAAAAGGAGGAGGAGAAGAAAGACGAGGACAAGAAGGAUGAGAAGAAGGAGGAGAAGAAAGAGGAGAAGAAGGAUGAUAAAAAGGAUGAUAAGAAAGAUGAUAAAAAGAAAGAGGAGCCCCCGUAA